CCUGGAAAAUUGUGCCUACGUUGGCAUGGUAUAGCCGUAUCCGUAUUGCUCAUCUGACCUUUUUCUCCCCGUCCGUUUGGGCUUUCCUUCCUUUGACCAUUACCUCAUCAGUCAUCACCCUCUCUGCCCACGGGCAAUGGCAGCUCGCUCACUCACUGCUCAGUGUUCACCUUCUCGAGCCAGCCCGCAGCUUCGAAAGCUCAAGUGGUUCUUGCUAUAAGUAGGCGUCGCCAUCCUCUUUUUUGUCCACACGCCGAAAUCGCAUCGCCCAUUGGCCAUUUCGCCCCACGGCAGGCGUGGGUGAAUGAGCGAGCGAGCACGAGGGCUCACGCACACGCGCUCGCGCGCUCGUUGCUCUAGCCAGCCGCCAGCUUCGGCCAUGAGGCCAGGAUCAGCGGCCGCGCGUGUCUUCCUCACGGCCGCCGUGUUCUUGCUCGCCCUUCUCGGCUUGGUCCUCGAAGCCGCCUGCCUCCCAAGGCCUCAGUCUCAUACUCCUCGCUCUUCUCCCCUGCAGGGCGGCGCGGGGCCGGCCCGGGAGGAGAAGGUGCGGCUGGGGUCGAGCCCGCCGAGCUGCCGCGGCAAGUGCUACGAGUGCAGCCCGUGCACGGCCGUGCAGGUGCCCACGAUGUCCGUCGGGCCGUCCGGGCCGUCCGCCGCGCGUCGCGAGCCGGGCUCAGCCGCGCGCUGACGAGGUGGCGACGCUCUCCAACUACAAGCCCGUCGGGUGGAAGUGCCAGUGCCGCGACCGCCUCUACGAGCCUGAUCCACGACCCGCGCGGGCAGCCAUACGAUGCGAUCCGCCGGCGAGUCGUCGCGCGUUCUCUGCUGCCCGGGCCGCGGCCGGGCGGCAGGGGCCGGUGCUGGCUGCGGCGGCCGUGUGUCAGGCCAGGAUUCAAACAGAGAUCCCGUGCGUGAGCGUGACACGGCGAAACUAUCGCAUUGUAUCUGACGAGGAAUUUUUGCACGUCCAUGGAUCGCCCGUGCGUCGGCGGCGCUCCCACCACCCACGCGGCUCCAGCGAGAUUUCUUAGUGUUCUUUGAUUCUUUCUUUCCUUUCUCUUUUCAUUCACUUGUUUUCUCUCCGUUGUCUUAGAAUCUAGCGGUCGGGUUUCAUCAUGUACAUGUCGGGUAGUAUGUGUGCCGGCGUCCGUGGUCCACGGCGAUCAUCGUGCCGGUGGUUUGGCCCUGAGGAAGUGAAUAGUAAUGGUAUUCAUUGUGCUCUAUAUAUGCACAAGUUAGCACCUGUUUUUUUCUCCUGAAUAAACUGUUGAGAAUGUUA